GUUCCGGGUGUUAGAAGCGGCUGGCCACCAUAGGACGACAGAGGGAAGAAAAGCGAAAAUGAAAGUUGUUUUACUGUGCGCCCUUUUGGGCAUUGCUUUUGCAGACCCAACAGUUUAUUUCAAAGAAGAGUUUGGUGAUGACUGGGCAGAGAGAUGGGUUGAGUCCAAGCACAAAUCUGACCUUGGUAAAUUUGUUCUGACUGCUGGAAAGUUCUAUGGUGAUGCAGAAAAAGACAAAGGUAUUCAAACUUCUCAAGAUGCCCGCUUCUAUGGACUUUCUGCCAAAUUCGAUAAGUUCAGCAACGAGGGCAAGACACUUGUUAUCCAGUUCACAGUGAAGCAUGAACAGAACAUUGACUGCGGUGGUGGCUAUGUCAAAGUUUUCUCCAGCGACCUUGACCAGUCUGAUAUGCACGGAGAGAGCCCAUACAACAUUAUGUUCGGCCCUGACAUCUGUGGACCCGGAACCAAGAAAGUUCACGUCAUCUUCAACUACAAGGGAAAAAAUCUUCUAGUUAAGAAAGACAUCAGAUGUAAAGAUGAUGUGUUCUCCCAUUUGUACACUCUGAUUGUCCGCCCAGACAACACCUAUGAAGUGAAGAUUGAUAACGAGAAGGCCGAAAGUGGAGACCUUGAGGCUGACUGGGACUUCCUCCCAGCCAAGACGAUCCCUGAUCCUGAUGCCAAGAAACCUGAUGACUGGGACGAGAGGGAGAAGAUCGAUGACCCUGAUGACACCAAGCCCGAGGACUGGGACAAGCCUGAGCACAUCCCCGACCCUGAGGCCAAGAAGCCUGAUGACUGGGACGAUGAGAUGGAUGGUGAAUGGGAGCCUCCCAUGAUUGACAACCCAGAGUACAAGGGUGAGUGGAAACCCAAGCAGGUUGACAACCCAGACUACAAGGGCAAGUGGGUUCACCCCGAAAUCGACAACCCAGAAUAUGAGGCUGAUGAUAAGCUGUACAGUUUUGCUGACUUUGGUGCUAUUGGCUUUGAUCUGUGGCAGGUGAAGGCUGGUACUAUCUUUGACAACGUGCUCAUCACAGACUCUGUCGAAUACGCCGAAGAAUUUGGAAAUGAAACUUGGGGCAAAACAAAAGACCCUGAGAAAAAGAUGAAAGACGCUCAGGAUGAGGAGGACAGGAAGGCAAGAGAAGAGGAAGAAAAGAAGAGGAAAGAGGAGGAAGAUGCAAACAAAGAUGAUGAGGAGGAGGAAGCUGAGGAAGAAGAGGAGGAAGAAGAUGAUGAUGCUGCACCAGAGAAAGACGAGUUAUAGAGGGUGAUGCUAGGAUCAGUUCAUUUCAUCUUAUCAUUCUCAUUGGGGUUCAUUUUUUUUAGUCAAUAUUGUUGUGAAGUUCUUUAAUGGCCAAGAGAAAAAAUCCCAGUUGUGUCCCCCCUCAACCAUCUUACAAGCGUUUUACUCUGCUGUGUUACUCCUAUUCUGUCUACCCUCUCUUCUCCUGAAAUCAAAAGUUGGAGCGUAGAAAAAUUGUCAUUCUUCCAUCCCGAGUGAGCUUGUAGUACGCGAGGUUCAUCCGUCAUUUUUCCAUGGUGUGGCAGUGUUUUUCUCAUUAGGGUUCAUUCUGUUGAAACAAUUGUUUGGGUAGUUAAGGGUGUAUAUUUAGCUGAGAUGACGGCUAACAGUUAACGGGGAGACAUCCCAUUCUGUUAUUUUAUUUUUGUUCUUGUCCACUUGCGAGGUGUGCAUGUUUUGAAUGAUGAAUGCCGAGAAAUAUGAAAGUGUAUGAGAAUGAGAGGAAAAGAUGUGGUUAAAGUGGGGCUCGUGAAAAAGACAAAUGUGAUUACCAGAUAAUUUAUUUGGUAUUAAUAAAGUUUUUAAAAGUU